AUGUCGUUGACGAAGGGCUCCAAGGCGGCCCAGGAUGUUAUCAGCUUCCUGCACACUGUAGGGCGUCUCAAGGUCACGGCUCGGCAGGGCUGGGUGGAAAACCAGAUUUGCAGUCCGGAGUCAGUUAGCGACCACAUGUACCGCAUGUCGCUCAUGUGCAUGAUGUGCCCUGACACCUCGCUGAACCGGGACCGGAUGGUCAAGAUGGCGCUCUGCCACGAUACAGGCGAGAGCAUUAUCGGCGACAUCUCUCCCGCCAUGAAAGUUCCCAAGGAGGUCAAGAAGCAGCAGGAGUCGCAGGCGGUGCAGAGCUUGUGCAAACUCGUGUCGUCCUCGCCGAACACGACCUUCAGCAAGGAGCUGGGCGACUUGUUUGAAGAGUACGAGGCGCAGGAGACGGCCGAGUCGCACUUCGUAAAGGACAUGGACCUACUGGAGAUGGUUGUGCAGGCGCACAGCUACGAGUCCGCGAACCCGGGCAAGGACCUGGGCAGCUUCUUCAGGUCCGGCGCCAACAUCCACCACCCGUGGGCCCGCGCCAUAUAUGAGACGCUUCUCGAGACGCGCCCGUACUUGGCAUACAAGGAGGAGCAGGCUAAGGAAGCGUCGAGCAUCUGA